AUGGACAUAUCAAGCAUAUCUCGCGGAAUUCCCGACGCUGCGAAUGGGCAGUAUGACUUGAAGAUUAAGAAGGUGGCGAAGGGAGUAACGGAGGGCAAUUUCCAAUGCUCCGUGCUAAACCUCGAAUCUGAUGAUCAACACUCAGCUGAUGCUCAACAAGUCAUUAUUCUAGUCGAACCCAGCGCGCCGGAAAUCGUGGAAUCUCCGCAGCAGCCAAUCCGUGAGGGUGAUGGCGUUCAGAUGAAAUGUCGAUCAGAGGGUGGCAGUCCUCCCCCUUCUAUUAUUUGGCUCUUCGACAAUACAACACAGGCUGGACAGGAUUUAUAUUCUGUUAGCGUCAAAGAGGACGGCACUGUUGAGAGUCGAAUUCAAUGGCGUGCCCGCGCCGAGGACAAUGGCGCUUUCAUGACGUGCGUCGUCUCCAACAAGGCGUUGGAAGGGAGGGCGCCGAAGACCGUGCAGAGCUCCCGGCUCAAUGUGCUGUACAAACCUACCGUAACCGUGGGCCCGGCGUCGGAAUAUAUUGUUGAAGAAGACCAGGCGAUCGAGUUGACAUGUCAGGGACAGGGAAAUCCACAGCCGACAGGAUAUGAAUGGAAACACAUCCCAAGUGGCGAGCGAUAUCUCGACUCGAAAUGGCCGAUUCGCGUCGAGCAGAAGAUGUUCGCCGAUCAGUCACGCCGUCUCCUCGCCAAGCCCUCUAAGCUCAAGAUGGCGCUACUUGGUGCCUCUGCUCUGUUGGAC